AUGAACCUUGAUGACUUACCAUGUGAAGUAAUCACACAUUGCUUUUCGUACUUGAGCACAAAACAUCUCGUCAAGAUAUUACUGUUGGAGAACAUUUCUGAAAAUAUCCUCCAAGCUUUAGCUGAGAAUUGCAAUCAUUUAUGGCAUUCGAAGCAAAUUCGGGGGAUCGAUAUAAGAACAAUUGAAGGUACUGAAGAUAUUGAAGGAAUUCAAGGCAUUGAAGGUACUGGAGUUUACAAUGAAACUGACUUUGACCGGUUUCUACAAAUACAUAAGAUCCUUGAAAAGAAGUCACUCAAAUGUCCUCUUUGGUUUCAUUGUAGAUGGGAGAACAUUUUUGACAUGGAGAAAGAUCUUGAUGAAAUAAAUAUGGUUUACAAUGGACAAAAGUUGGGCAUUAGUGUUGACUUCAAAGACCCGGCGUUUCAAGUCUAUCCCAUUUUUUCAGACCAUGACAUUAAUCUCAAAAUCACUUGCCUUUCAUUGAACCCAUUUCGUGGAUAUUGUAUCGAUUUGAAUAAUUUCCCGAAAUUGGAGACUUUUUAUGGCGAAAAAUGCGAAAUGAGAGUUGACCACUCUCACCCCAGCUUGAAGACUGUAAUUCUCAACCUGGUGACUUUCAGCACAUUACCGACUAAUUUGAUAAAGUUGUUUGCAAGAGACUGCACGAUAAGAAUGAAUGAAAACCAUCCAAAGCUAGAGGCUCUCAAAGUGUUGUCUUUAAAAUGUGAACGAGAGCCUUUUGGUUUCUCCUCGCUAGUCAGAGUGCUCUGGAACAAAGAUUUGGAACAUUUUUCGUAUAUCGGUGAAGGGGCAAUAGAAGAGGAUGAAGUCCUCACCAUGGUCGGCCCCAAGGUGACAAGUUUUGGAUUCUCUGGCUCAAUUUCGGCGAAGAUUCCCUCGCUGCUAAGCUCCUUGUACUCCUUGUAUGGCGGAAACCUCAAAAAGUUGACUGACUUUUCCCAUUUGAGUUCCCUUACAUUAUGGCAGCCAUCAGGUAACAUCAACGAUUGUAAAUUACCGCCCAACUUGCUCGACCUUGCAUUGUAUAGGCCACGAGGUAUCAUCGGCUAUAAUUUUUUUUUACCGAUCAGCUUGCGCAAACUUUCGGUUCAUUGGGCUCAUUUUCAAGACUUGGAAGACUUCUUUCCACCUGAAAUAGUCGACCUUGAGUUAAUUUGUUGUGAAAUUGAGCUGAUAGACGAGUGGCUAAAACCAGCCCGAUUGAAGAGACUUUCACUAGAAACUAAUGCGGUUUCAACUUUUAAAGCGUUUCUUCCUUGCUGUGAAUAUUUGUGCUUGAGAAGAAAUAUUUUAAAGAAAGUUGAGAUUGAAGCUCCCGUUCUUGAGCAUAUUGACUUGGAUGAAAAUAAGCUUUAUACAAUUCCCAAACUCCCAGCUUGUCUUAAGGUCCUUAUUCUCAGCAACAAUGUACUAUAUCUUCCCAUAAUGUCUUAA